AUGCGUUCCUUCAUCAAUUUCCUUCCGCUCUUGCCAGCAGUCUUCGCUGGCCCACUCGUCAUCAAGCCAGAGAGGAUUCCGGGCUCGUGGAUCUUCAAGGUGCACAAGGAUUCGGUCCUCGAAACGGUCAUACAAGACGUGUCCGUUCUUUUCCCCAACAUCAAGCCGACUCACACAUACUCUUUCGGUGAUUUCAAAGGGUUUUGUCUAGAUGGUGUUCCCUCUACGACCGGACUUCAGAAGAGGAUUGAUGGUAUCGAAUUCAUUGAGGCCAACACCCAGGUCUAUGCUACUGCUCUGACGACUCAGGUCGGCGCAACAUGGGGUCUGGGAAGGAUCAGUCAUAGAAACAGGGGGAACAACAAUUAUGUCUACGAUCUCACUGCAGGCCAGGGUUCUUUCGCCUAUGUGAUCGACACGGGUAUACGUACAACCCACAACGACUUCCAAGGCCGUGCCGUCUGGGGUAACAACUUCGCUGGCGACAAAAUCGACACAGAUGCCAAUGGCCACGGGACCCAUGUCGCCGGCACCAUCGGCUCGAGGACCUACGGCGUCGCGAAGAGAACGACGCUCGUCGCUGUCAAGGUCCUCGACGCCACCGGCUCAGGCAGUCUAUCUAAUGUGAUUGCCGGCAUUCAGUGGGCCAUCCAGAACGCCACGGACUCGGGCAGGAUCGGAAGAGCAGUCGCGAAUCUCAGCCUCGGAGGUCCAACGACCAGCUCGGCUACAAAUGCAGCUGUCGCUGAGGCGGUCAGGGCAGGCUUGUUCGUUGCUGUUGCGGCGGGGAAUGAUGCGCAGUCAGCGAGCCUGACCUCGCCAGCUUCCGAGCCCACCGUCUGCACCGUCGGCGCCACUGACAGAAACGAUGUGUUCGCUUCGUUCUCCAACUACGGAAGUCUCGUUGAUAUCUUGGCGCCGGGCGUGGACAUCAUGAGCACGUGGUAUACGACCGAUAAUGCGACUGCGGUUCUGUCGGGGACGAGCAUGGCGACUCCGCAUGUCGCUGGGCUCGGGGCGUAUCUACUUACUCUUGAGGGGCCUAGAACGCCCGAGGCUCUUUGUCAGCGGAUCAAGGCUUUGAGUACGAAGAACAAGGUCACUUUUCGGGUGACCCAGUGGUUGGCGAGGGCGACUACAAACAAUACUCUGGCUUACAAUGGGAAUGGCUCUUGA